AAUAAUAUUCUGUCAGCAGAAAAGCAGACAACUUCAGAAAAAACAACAAAUGGAAUGAAUAGGAGGACAAAUCAUCAAAGAUGGAGUUGACGUUCUUUGUGGUGGAGAUUCUGCAGUCCUUGGUGUUGUUCGGGACACUCUCAGCAGGGUUCCUGGUGUUGUUAUUUCUGAUGCUAGACAAUUGUAAACACACGGUGAUAACCGUAGUCAUAGUCACAACUGGUCUGGUACAUGAAUUGUACUGCGCCUCUGUCCUAGGAUAUUUUAAGCGUUUAAUGCAGAUUGAAAGUCUUCGACCUAAGGACGAUGGAUGUCGGGACUUUUAUGUACCAACGUUAAUUGCCAAUGCAAUAUUUUUUACCAUCAUUACAAAAUAUGUCAUCUCAACUGGAACUUUAAUACCUUAUAAAAAACUCAUCAAAAGGGUUGUGAUUUUACAUUCACUAUUAUCUGUUUCUCUUCUUAUAUGGCAAAAUCCUGCAAAAUCUCGGGAACAGAUAGCAUCCAUGAAUUUGACAACUGAUGUACAAGUUUAUUUUACCGUAUGUAGGAAUGACGUGGUUAGAAAUUGUUUAUACACUGUGAUGGAGUAUGUUGUGUUUUAUCUCCCACUUGCAUCAUUGUACUUCUGGAUUGCUACAAUAAACUCUACCAAUGACACAGGAAUCUCAUUUUGGAACAUUAACAUUCUAAAAUCCUGUGCCAAUUCCAACACAUUCUGUAGUCGCUGUCAUAAAAUGAACUACGCUGUACAGAUAGUCCUGUUCUAUAUGGGUGUCGGGAUCAUGGUGGCACGCCCUGUCCAGCUGAUGUACGGAUUUAUUCAUAAUGAGGCUGUGAUUGACGUGAUACCAAGCCUCACGAACACGGUUGUCUACUCAUUCCUGUCGCUGGAAUAUCUUACAGACUUUUCACACAUUAAACAUAAGAAUGGUUCAAACUGAUGUAUUUUCUGUAGACAUAUAACGAAAAUAUUUUAUCUGCUGUAUCUGAGUAAUUCCUUUGUUCAUGUCUUUUUUAUAUUUUGUUUUAUAUACACACAUGUCUAUUGAAAGACUCUAAUAUAUGUAAAAA